GCGGGGGAGGUGCCACCGCCGCCCGCGCGCCCGAGCCUGGAGGAGCCGCAGCUGCCGCCCACGCGGCCGGGCGAGCGCCGUCGGUGCUGGCGGGCGGGAAGAAGCGGCGCGCCCGAGUUGCGGGUGGGGGAGUAGGGGGAAGCGCGCCCACAGCCGCUCCUUCCCCCACUCUAUGGGAGCGGGGGCGCCCCGGCCGCCGCAGCCGCCUGAGGAGGGAGCGCCGGGGGCCGUCACUUCGGAGUUGGGGCUGAGCAGUCUUUGGGAAGAGCGUGCCAACCCCGCUGCAGCCGCUGGCCGAGUUGAGCCCAUCCACAGUAAUGGCUGCUGCCUUACCCAGGACCUUGGGAGAGUUGCAGCUGUAUAGAAUAUUACAAAAGGCCAAUCUGCUUUCUUAUUUUGAUGCCUUUAUCCAACAAGGUGGUGAUGAUGUACAGCAACUCUGUGAAGCUGGAGAAGAGGAAUUCUUGGAAAUCAUGGCACUUGUGGGCAUGGCUAGCAAGCCCCUUCAUGUUAGAAGGCUACAGAAGGCUUUGAGAGACUGGGUUACGAACCCUGGCCUUUUCAAUCAGCCUCUGACUUCCCUGCCUGUCAGUAGUAUACCCAUCUAUAAAUUACCAGAGGGAUCACCAACGUGGCUGGGAAUAUCCUGCAGCAGUUAUGAAAGGAAUAGCAAUGCCCGGGAACCUCAUUUAAAAAUCCCCAAGUGCGCUGCCACCACCUGUGUGCAGAGCUUAGGACAGGGCAAGUCAGAUGUGGUAGGGAGCUUAGCACUGCAGAGUAUUGGUGAAUCCAGACUCUGGCAAGGCCACCAUGCCACUGAGAGUGAGCACAGUCUCUCCCCGGCAGACCUGGGCUCCCCAGCGUCCCCAAAGGAAAGCAGUGAGGCGCUGGAUGCUGCAGCCGCACUCUCUGUAGCUGAGUGUGUGGAGCGAAUGGCCCCCACACUGCCAAAAAGUGACUUGAAUGAAGUGAAAGAGCUGCUAAAAACCAACAAGAAGUUGGCCAAAAUGAUUGGUCACAUCUUUGAAAUGAGUGAUGAUGAUCCACAUAAAGAGGAGGAAAUUCGAAAAUAUAGUGCAAUAUAUGGCAGAUUUGACUCAAAGAGAAAGGAUGGGAAACACCUCACGCUUCAUGAGCUCACUGUUAAUGAAGCAGCUGCUCAACUCUGUGCGAAGGAUAAUGCCCUGCUGACAAGAAGAGAUGAACUUUUUGCUCUGGCUAGGCAGAUUUCUCGAGAAGUCACUUAUAAAUAUACUUACAGAACUACCAAGUCAAAAUGUGGAGAAAGAGAUGAAUUAUCUCCAAAGAGAAUUAAAGUAGAGGAUGGGUUUCCAGAUUUCCAGGAUCCCAUGCAAACGCUCUACCAGCAGGCUAAAGCUAAGAAUGAAGAACUUGCUGCUCUUAGUGCACAGCAGCCUGAAAAGGUGAUGGCAAAGCAGAUGGAGCUCCUUGGCCCUCCAGCUGGCUAUGAGAGACUGCAGCAUGCUGAAAGAAGGCUGUCUGCAGGACUUUACAGGCAGAGCUCAGAAGAGCACAGCCCUAAUGGCUUAACUUGUGAUAACCAUGAUGGACAAGGAGAAAGACCUUUGAAUCUCCGAAUGCCUAAUUUACAGAAUAGACAAUCCCAUCAUUUUGUGGUAGAUGGGGAGCUGAGUAGACUUUACUCCAGUGAAGCAAAGUCCCACUCAUCAGAGAGCCUUGGAAUUUUAAAAGACUACCCUCAUUCAGCUUUUACUUUAGAAAAGAAAGUCAUCAAAACAGAGCCUGAAGAUUCAAGAUAGCUGUGAUUCUCCCACUGUUCUCUGGAAAUGGCAUCUGAUUUAAGGAUAAUGCUCCAUCAUAGAAAUAGCCUUAAUUACCAAUGCUGCCUCAUUCAGCUCAGAUUUCAUAGCCAAAGCAGAAGGACUGAUAACAGUAGUCUGUGGGAACCAGGAUGACAUAACAACAGCCACAAAAGAGAAAAUUGAGACAAUGUUGCAAUCUAUAACAGAAAUAUUGAUCCAUUCACAUUCCUGUGUAAGUCAUUUAAUGUGGAAAGGCUUACAAAUUAAUAUGUAAGCAUUCACUAUUUAAGACUGUACAGUGUAUUUGUGUAAUUUAUAGAAGUAAAAUCUAGAUGUUGAGGCCUAUUUGGCCUAAUAGAUGUGGAUACAAUUUAUUUUACUUGAAAUCUUGUUGUCUAUUUUACGUGUAUUUAGCAUAAAUAUUAUGUCAGAGUUUAGAAUCUUUGCAAUCAUAAAAAAGAAAGUUUAAGUUAUGUAGUUAUUGGCAAGGUUGAAAUGACUUGGAAAAAUGGAAGCAAAUGCUCAAUUUAAACCAAGGAAAAUAUUGUGGAUUUAGUAUUUGACAAAACUGAUUUUGUUUAAUAGGAAAUUUGUCAUUUUUAGUGUAAAACAUCAUUUUUACUGGCUUAAUCAGGCACAGGUACACAGUAAAUACUGGAGUGCAGUUAAAAAGAUGAGUAGAGUAGAAAAUCUCUCUUACCUAGUUGACCCAGAUUGCAUUAAAUGAUAGUUACUUAAGAUAUAACAAAAAUAGGAAGUUAUUACUUGGACAGAGAAACAAGUGGAAGUGGAGCUAUGGGUAAAAGCCUUGACUUAAACAUUGUUAUUUCAGAAUGUGUUAAGUAGAUUAAGUCACAGUAAGUUAACCCUAAAUGUGAUAAGGAUGGUAACUGUUAAUGAAGGCUAUAAUAAAUCGUAGAGUAAGUACUCUUAUAUCCAGAAUUAUUCUCUAUGUACUGGACUCAGAGAAACUGGAUGGCUCUGCCUGGGGAAUGUCUUCUCAAACCAUUACAAAUGUGGGCAAUCACUGCAUUCACAUUUGCAGGCAUAUUUCUAUGGAGGUUUAGUUGACAUCUCUAUUCAUUAUUUAUUUCACAAUUUCAUUUUUGUACACCUUUCAGAUUUGUGAAUGCAGUUUUUUCUUAAAAUUCAUUUUAACUUGGAAGUAUAUUUUAAUCUGUUGGUGCAUUUAAUUAGUGGGCUGUGUGCAUAUACAUGGGGGUGUGCUUAAAUGUCAAUAAGGUACUUGCAUACUUAUGAGAAUUUCAGAUUGGAAUGCAUAGUAAAAAAAAAUACUAUUUCUGCCAGUUAACAUUUCUUUUUUGUUGGCUUAAUGGAAGGUAUUUCUUUUGUCUACUUCCUCCAGAUUUAUCUAAACCCAGACAUUGCCAAGAAGAGUAGAUUGACUCGGAAUAUGUAUUUUUUUGUUUUUAGUUCUGGUUUAGGUCAUAAUCGUGUAAAAAAUACUAAGUCGUAACUUGUUAUACUAAAAUUCAUCAGCCAAAUGUUAGAUGAAAUGUCUGCACUGUAGUCUCUGAUCACUGUCAUAUAACUGCUUUUUCAUUCUGAUUUGUAGAACAAAUAGCUUUACAGUAGAAACACCAGUAAACAACUUUUAAUACUCUUAAAAGGCUUUUUUCCCUACCUGUUUUAAUUGUACCACAGUGUUUUACCCACUGAAGAAGCUUUUUAUGGACCUUGCAACUUUGUUGCUAGCUUGAGGUUAAUAACUGUGGUUGUACAGUUCAGUGUGUAUAGAAAUAGUAUGGGUACAAAUUUAAAUAGAUUGUUCGGUUUUUAAUAUUAGCCAUAGAACUGGUUAGUAUCUCAGUAGUUUCAUGAAACGUUUCCUGUAUUCUAAUCUAUUUUGAGAAAUUUUGUGGGUUUUUUUUAAAUUGUGUCUUACAGUUGAAGUUUGUAGAUUUUAAUAAGCAACAGUUUUUAAAGAUGUGGUAAUUUUCCAACUAUUUAUCCAUUUUUCAUGGCCCCACAAACUGCAUCUUUUAUCCAUGAAUAGGUUUCCGUAAGUAUACUUCUCUGGUCUUUCAAGCUUGGUGAUAAGGGGGAAGCAAAAGAAAAAUCAGUAGAAUAUGGUUUUUAUUUUGUAAACACUAAUGUAUUAAACUUGCUAUACAUUGAAGCAAAUAAUAUAUAUUUUUAUUUGAAUUGUAUAUAUGAAUUGGUUGUCAAAACUAGUUGAUUUUUUCAUUGUGUUAGAGAUAUUUUCACUGAACAAGGUCAAUUGGUUACCUCAGUAUUACAGCCAAUAUAGUCCAAGGGACCAUUUCUCCCAAGUCUGUGUUAUACUUUAUGAUGUGAAGUCUGUGUUUUUGUGACUCUUAAAGCUGUUGGUGAGGUGGGAUGAGUGCACUUGCUUCCUGUGGCAAUAAAGAUUUUCUGUGCCUCACACA